ACUUCUGAGACAUCGCUUGUAACAAACGAUGACACCAAGAUUAUCAAUUUUAUAUUUACUAUGUUUAACAUUACCAUUCAUAGAAAAUGCUCGAAUAUUGGGUGUAUUUCCGACUCCAUCAAUCAGUCACCAAGUUGUUUUUCGUCCUCUGACACACGAAUUGGCAAGACGAGGACAUGAACUUAUUGUUAUAACAACGGAUCCUGUACAUCCAAAAGGACCUGGAAAUUUAACUGAAAUAGACGUCCACGAUUUGUCUUAUACGAGAUGGAAUAAAGGUAUGUCAAAAAUCGAAGAUGGUUCCAGAGAUGUUACGAAACAAAUGGAAGCAAUGGAGCAGAUAAACUAUGAAAUUUUCGAAGAGCAGGUGAAAUCUAAAAGUGUACAAAAGUUAUUGUCGUAUGAACAUGAUCAUUUCGACUUGAUACUUGCCGAAGCUUACGUAGGAUAUACUCUGGGAUUUUCACAUGUUUUUAAAGCGCCAGUCAUUUUAGUAAGUUCUUUCGGCGGAGUAUGGGAUAAUUACGAUGCUAUGGGAGCACCAACACAUCCAUUGUUAUAUCCGAGUAUGUUAAGAGAUAGAUUGAACAAUAUAACAAUGUGGGAAAAGAUUAUUCAGUUAAAAAAAGAACAUAAAAUGAGACAUCUCGCUAGAAAUUAUGAAAAAAUUAACAAAUUUUUAAAGAAAGUAUUUGGUGCGGACAUUCCUCCGGUUCAGAAAUUAUUUGACAAUGUGGCAAUGUUGUUUUUAAACGUGCAUCCUAUUUGGGACAGCAAUCGUCCCGUGCCACCCGGUGUCAUCUACAUGGGUGGGUUACACCAGAAUCCGAUAAGAGAUUUACCUAAGGAUCUAAAAUUACAUCUCGACUCUUCGAAGAACGGAGUUAUUUACUUUAGUUUGGGCACAAACGUAAAACCGUCUCACGUGCCUCCAGAAAAGUUGCAAGCUAUUAUAAACGUAUUUUCACGACUGCCGUAUGAUGUUCUUUGGAAAUGGGACAAUGAUGAACUGCCGAGUCGUUCAAAUAAUAUAAAAAUAUCAAAAUGGCUUCCACAAUCUGAUUUACUGAGGCAUCCGAAAGUAAAAUUAUUUAUAACUCAGGGAGGUUUACAAUCGACCGAUGAAGCUAUUACUGCCGGAGUACCUCUUAUUGGUAUACCAUUACUCGGAGAUCAAUGGUACAAUGUUGAGAAAUAUGUGCAACAUAAAAUUGGAGUUAGAAUUGACAUAAAUUCACUGACAGAAGAAAUGUUUGAAAACGCGAUACACAAUGUUAUCAACGACAAAAGCUAUCGUGAGAACAUAGUGCGUCUCCGCAGUAUAAUGCAGGAUCAGCCGCAAAGUCCGCUAGAGCGCGCCGUGUGGUGGACAGAGCACGUGCUGCGUCAUGGCGGAGCGCGUCACUUGAGGAGUCCGGCAGCAAACAUUUCCUGGACUCAAUAUUUAGAAUUAGAACUUUUAUUUACUUUAGCUACUGUGUUAAUACUGUCACAAAUUAUUCUGUUUUUGGUUAUCAAAAUGGUUUGGAGUUUUGUAAAUUCAAAUGUGACUACAAAAAUGAAAAAUAAAAAGCCGUAAAAUUUUUUAAAAAAG